UCAGCUUCAGUCUGGGUUGCUGCUCUGCACAAACGCAGCUCCUGGGAAAGGAUCUAGGGUUGUCUUGCUGGUAAAAAAUGAUUGUUCUCAUCCAUUACGCCCUGCACAUAUGCAGCAAGAGUUUGAACUAAUUCUUUACAUUCCUUUCUUCACUAUUGAAUGCUGUCUCUGAUACAAAUUUUAAUCCAAGCUUCAUUAAGACAAGAAACUGUAAGAACUGCUGUGGCUGUUCUGCUAAAACACUAGCUUCCUGGUAGGACAGCGCAGAAGCUGGAGAGAGCUGCAGACACGGAGGAAGAGUAAUCGAGUGUUCUGUGAAGUGAGACAGAAGCCCAGAGAUGGAUCACACAGAUAUGGAAGAAGGAAAUCUGACAAGAGAUGAACUUUCCCAUGCCCCAGGCAAUGGUGACCAAUACCCUGGAAAACCUGAACUGAAAAUCAUCCUUGUUGGUAAAACUGGAGCUGGGAAAAGUGCAACAGGGAACACCAUCCUGGGCCAGAGAGUGUUUGACUCCAAACUCAGUGUGAAGCCAGUAACUGAGAAAUGUGUUAAAGGGAGCAGGAGCUGGAAUGGGAGGGAGGUGGUGGUGGUUAUCGAUACUUCUGCCAUUUUGGACACAAAGGUACCUGAUGAAGAAACCUCCCGUGAGAUCUGUCGCUGUAUUGUGCUCUCCUCUCCAGGCCCCCAUGCCCUGGUGCUGGUGACCCAGCUGGGCCGUUUCACUGAGGAAGACAAGGACGCAGUGCAGCGAGUGCAAGAGAUUUUUGGAGCUGAGGUAAUGAAACACGUCAUUAUCUUAUUCACCCGAAAGGAAGAUUUAGGGGAUGGCUCAUUGAGUGACUACGUAACACAUCCAGAUAACAGAGAUCUUCAAAGGCUAAUUGAUAAGUGUGGGAACCGAUACUGCGCUUUCAACAACAAAGCAACAGGAACAGAACAGGAUGCCCAGGUUGAGGAGCUGAUGGGACUGAUGGAAAGAAUGGAACAGAAGAAUGGAGGCCGAUAUACAAAUGAGACUUACCAAUAUGUUGAGAAGAUGCUCCAAUUAAAAAUGGAUGAGUUACAGAAAAUGUACAGAGAAGAGAUGGAAAGAAAGAGAGAAGAAAUAAUACAGUGCUUUACGGAGAAGUGUAAGAAGAUAAUGGAAGAGUCAAACCUGAGAGAAGAGGAAUUAAAGGAAAAACUUGAAAAACAGGAGAAGGUUAAAGAAGAUGCUUUCCUGCAGCUGAAGCACAUGAAACAAAAAGAAAUGGAAGCCAUGGAGCAAAAGCUGCUGAAAGAGUUGGAAGGAAUACAGAAAUGUUAUGAGGAAAAACAAAAACAAAUCAGAGAAGAAGCUGAGAAUAGUCAUAGCAUAGUGAGUGCGAUUUGGAAUCUGUGUCUUUGGGUAUAUUCAUAUUUGCCCGGCUGGGAUACAUUUGGCAAUUAUAUUCCAUCUUGGUGGUAAAUGAAUUAUGUUUCUUUGCAUUUCCCCCUGUGGUUUAAUCUGAUUUGUUAUUAAUGAGGUUUCACCCCAUUGUGAUUCUAGAGUCUCUGAAGUGUCAUGUCUAGUUCUUCUGUUAACUUCACAGUCAGAGUAGCAUGGGACAACUGAAUAAGCAUGAAUAAAAUCAUCCAUAAAUAUGUAUUUCUUAUUAUGCGGAAAUGGAAAUAUCUCAGUCAGUCAGAGAACAGGGAUGCUGUCCUGUCACUGAAGUGUACCUACAUUUUUUCCUAAUUAUGAAAUACCCUACUCUGUGAUUGGUUAUGGGUAAGUUAUUUCCAUAAUCAUUCUAUGGUUAUUUCUCAUUAACAGUAUUAAACAAAUCCCUGCACUAAUUGGCUAAUAAUGAUGAUCAGUCAAUUGAUUUGACAUAAUAUUUCAUGAAACUCUGCUGAAAAAAACAAUAAAACUAUUCAAAACCAUUGUUACCAAUAUUAUCUGAAUUAAAAACUGGUUAACGGAUCACAAGAUUUAACUCUACAUAAGGAAUCAUCAUCCUUGGUCGUGUUUCUAGUGGAAUUCUACAGGGAUCUGUUCUUGGCCCAGUGCUAUACAGUAACAGUAUCUUUUUAAUUGAUUUCGAAAUAGUGCUGGUAAAAUUAGCAGAUGACACAAAAGGUGGUGGACUGACAAAUAAUGAUAAUGGAUUAGAGAGUAUGCUUAUAAAAUUUGCAAAUGACACCGAGCUGGGAAAGGUUACAAGCACUUUAGAGGACAGGUUUAAAAUUCAAAAUGACCUUGAGAAAUUGGAGAAUUGGUCUGAAUUCAACAAGAUGAAAUUCAAUAAAAAUAAAGACAAGUGCAAAGUACUUCACUUAGGAAGGAAAAAUCAAAUGCACAGCUACAACAUGGUGAACAACUGUCUAGGUGGUAGUAGUGCUGAAAAGGAUCUGGGCGAUUAUAGUUGAUCACAAACUGAACACGAGUCAGCAAUGUGACACAGCUGCCAAAAAGGCUCAUGCGAUUCUGGGGUGUAUUAACAGGAGGGUCAUAUGUAAGACACAGGAAGUAACUGUCCUGCUCUACUCAGCACUGGUGAGGCCCUAGAUGGAGUCCUGUGUCCAAUUCCGGGCACCACAAUUUAGGAAAGAUGUGGACAGAUGGGGGAGAGUCCAGAGCAGUAGAGCCCUGCGUGGAUACAGAACUGAUAUCCAUGGAUGUGGAUAUCCCCACAUAUCAAUCAUAGAUCAGCGGAGCUGCAGAUCUCUACAGUGAAUUACAGCUGUGAAACAGCAGCAUGUUGGGCCGCUCCCAGAAGCCAGCGCCCUGCACCAGCAGCUCCUCCAGCAUGGCUGUGCCACCCCCUAGCCUGGGCAGUAAUCCCUUCCAUUCAGCAGUCUGCAGCCUGUGUCUCCUGUCUAGAGGUGUGCAAGCCACUUGCACACACUAGUGUGAGCCUGGUUCCAGCCCCAGUGAGCGGGGCUGGGGGCGGUACAGCCACACCGGCGGAGCUGCCGGCACUGGGCGUUGGUUUCUGAGAGUGAUGGACUGAUGUUCUGCUGCUUUCCCCACUGUGGUUCCCAGUAGAGCCCUGAAGCUCCGCUAAUAUCUGAUUAUUGCAUCCACAGAUAUACCUUUUGUAUCCGCGCAGGGCUCUACAGAGCAGAGCAGGGAAAUAUUGUAUGAAUAUUUGCGAGGCGAGCAUGACUGUUUCUGGUUGACUCCUAGAUUUGUUCAGCAUGUUAAAGCUGAGCUGUGUGUGCAGAGAGUAUGCAUGCGAGAGGGAUAGUUCAUUAUUAUUAAGGGUUUUUUAUAUAUAGCGCUUUUAUCCAAAGCACUUUACAAUAGUUCGCUAAUGGCACAAACAACAUUUGGAAGGAUAAUUAAGUGAUCCCCUGAGACCCUCAGCAUUUUUCAAGUAAUCCAUGGGAAAAAAAAGCUUGAGACCCACUGAUCUAGUCAAAUUUAUAAGCAUUCAGAUUAGAAAUAAAGCACAAAGUUUUAGUCUUGAGGGUUAUUAACCACUGGGAUAAUUUACCCAGGCAUAUGGUGCAUCUUCUAAAAGAUACAUUAUAGGCUAAACUGAAGUGAUGGGUUUGAUGCCGAAAUUACUGGGUGAGGCUUUAUGGCCUGUGCCAUUCAGGAGGGCAAACUAGUUGAUCAUCACCGUCCCUCCUGGCCUAAGAUCUAUGGAUUUAUGAAUUCAGGCCCAAGGAUUUGCCUAAUUACUUAAUGGAAAUUCUCAGUAAAGAUUCAGGCUCAGAUCUCCAAAGGUAUUUAGGUACCUAACAACUAUUGGUAUCAAUGAGAGUUAGGCACCUUUAUACCUUUGAGGAUACUUUUUACACUCCUAAAUUUAUAGGAAAAGGAAGAAAAAAAUACCAAAGAACAAAGGAAAUGUGUGUGGGGGGUAAGUUGCUGAAAUUAAAACAGCUUUUUAAACAAGGUUAAUCAAAAACAUCAUUUUUUUAAUUCAUUUCCUCCUGUGGUCCUGCUUAUCCUCCACUGAAGUCAAUGAGAGCUUUUGUUUUGAUUUCAAUGGAAGCAGGGCUCCGAAACCCACACUGGAGCAUCACUGAAUAUUCUGUCUUGUUCUCCAGUGUCUCAGCUUUCAUUUUUUAAAAAGGUAGAUCUCUAGCUGUUAUGGUUGCAGAUAAAACCUUAAAAUGUAAUGAUGCAGCAACAUCUGCCUGAUUCUGCCGCAGAGCCUGGAACAAUAGCUUUGAAAGGUGUGAACCGCCAUAUGCAUCUCAGAGACAUGUUAGCUCAUAUACCCAGUCAUGGCGAUUUAAAUGUCAGCAUAGUCAACUUUCACUCCCUGUGUAAGAAGAAAAGGGAGAGUCACAAAUGUGCACCAUUUCCUGUGAGUGAUGUCUCAUUUUGGUGAGACAAGGGAGUGACAUAUGGGAGAUGUUAUCACUUUUUCCCCCAGUCAAGGAACCAAAUCCAAGGAUCCCAGAAAAGUCCUUGGGCAUACUCAAGCUCUGCCAUGCAAGAACCAAGCCUGUUGAGCUCAGUGGAGCCCAGUGAUACACACGAUCAAAUUUUGCACAAUACACUGGAAGUGGUGCCUCAUUCUGUUAACUCACCUGAGCCAAGGUUAUUUGGUGAAGGGAUCUUGCAAGAGAGCCACCACAUUCCUUUCCCCCAAUUUGACUUCUGAAUGGAAGCAGCAUUAGGGGAUUUCUAUGAUCCUUCUUUCUCCCAUAUUUAUUUUCUCUUCUUCCUAUCAGGCUUUUGUCUUCACAAUUAUUGUCAAAUAUUUGUGUUUACUUGGUUUGUUUGUUUGUUUCAACAAGAAAAUCUCAAAUUCACCCUCCCUGUCAGGUAAAAGUAAUGCAAACAAAAAUAUAUUGCUGCUUGUGACAGGUCUGGUAAUUUCCUUACUGAAUUAUGUGAAGUCUUACUAUGUAAUGUUUAUGUAUCACUGUGGGACAGAGAUUGUAUAUAAUUCCAUGAGGGAGGAGAACCAAAAUCCCUCCCGGAACUAACAAUAGUGGCAAAUUCACUCAGGUUGUAACACCUCCCAAGAGGCACCACCGCCUUGAAAUACUCACAUCAAUUGGUUCCAGCCGGAUUCGCUAGAGACCAGAAGACAAAGAUGAAUCAAUAACCUGAGUUUAAACUGACCCAGAGCCUUCUUCCUGAUCCAGCAAAUGGACAAGACCUUUGGUCCACGGAGGACCCCAAUCCUUAGGGAAGCUUGGAAGGACUUUGGCCUCAGAGGCCCCAUUACUCACGAGUGUGCUUGUUCUGAGUAUAAACUGUUAGGAGCUUGCAAUGACAAAAAAACCCCUGAGUGGCGUUUGAAGGAGUGUUCCCUGGUCAGAGACCUGAUUGGAAUUAGGGUGAUCUCUGGUAAAUUUAUCAGCAUAUGUGUCGGUUCUUUUGUUGUUUUAACAUGUUUUAUCUGUAAUGAUUUUGCCUUAACAAUAAAUG